UGCUGCUAUCUCAACACCAAACCGGAAGUCAACCUAACUGAAAAAGUUGAAUGUAAUCAGUCGCGCCUUGUGGACUUAACUGUUUCCUCGUAAAGUAAAAUAAAACACUUUUAUUGAUGUGUUAUGCCUACUUUCAAGAACUAGCUGGACUAGAUUCUACAUGCGAACUCGCUCAUCGCUAAACUUACCCAUUAGUCAUGUUGUUAGCCGAUGUUAGCUCGCGCGGAUAAAAACGCGCUUGUUUGAUCUUUUUCUGGUGGACGAACAUUGAAUGGACGAACACAAGGAGAACAUCCACGCUGUGAACAUGUCCCACGGACACAAGGAGAACAUCCACGGCCAGGAGGUCGGCGUGAACAUGUCCCACGAACACAAGGAGAACAUCCACGGACAGGAGGUCGGCGUGAACAUGUCCCACGGACACAAGGAGAACAUCCACGGCCAGGAGGUCGGCGUGAACAUGUCCCACGAACACAAGGAGAACAUCCACGGCCAGGAGGUCGGCGUGAACAUGUCCCACGAACACAAGGAGAACAUCCACGGCCAGGAGGUCGGCGUGAACAUGUCCCACGAACACAAGGAGAACAUCCACGGCCAGGAGGUCGGCGUGAACAUGUCCCACGAACACAAGGAGAACAUCCACGGCCAGGAGGUCGGCGUGAACAUGUCCCACGAACACAAGGAGAACAUCCACGGCCAGGAGGUCGGCGUGAACAUGUCCCACGAACACAAGGAGAACAUCCACGGCCAGGAGGUCGGCGUGAACAUGUCCCACGAACACAAGGAGAACAUCCACGGACAGGAGGUCGGCGUGAACAUGUCCCACGAACACAAGGAGAACAUCCACGGCCAGGAGGUCGGCGUGAACAUGUCCCACGAACACAAGGAGAACAUCCACGGACAGGAGGUCGGCGUGAACAUGUCCCACGAACACAAGGAGAACAUCCACGGACAGGAGGUCGGCGUGAACAUGUCCCACGAACACAAGGAGAACAUCCACGGCCAGGAGGUCGGCGUGAACAUGUCCCACGAAAAUGAGAAGGUGACACCUGGCAGCCCGAUAUGUCCGUCCGGAGACCACGCCCCUGAGGCGAGCCAGUCCAACAGCGACUUCAGUCAUCCCGUCUACAAAGAGAUCGCCAUGGCCAACGGUCACAUCAACCGCAUGACCAGGGACGAGCUCCACAGCAAGUUGGCGGAGCUGAAGCUGGACACCAGAGGCGUGAAAGACGUGAUGAAGAAGAGGCUGAAGAGCCACUACAAGAAGCAGAAGCUGACGCAGUCGACCGCCGAAGGGGGUCCACCGGCCGACACCUACUACGACUACAUCUGCGUGGUGGACUUCGAGGCCACGUGCGAAGAGGACAACCCGGCCGACUUCCUGCACGAGAUCAUCGAGUUCCCAAUGGUUCUCAUCAGCACGCACACCUUGGAGAUUGUGGAAACCUUUCAGGAAUAUGUCAAACCGGAAUUGAACCCCAAGCUGUCUGACUUCUGUGUCCAGUUAACAGGAAUAACACAGGAAAUGGUGGAUGCAGCCGACACCUUCCCAGAUGUUCUGCGGCGCGUGGUGCUGUGGCUGCAGCAAAAGAAGCUGGGCACUAAAUAUAAAUACGCUUUCCUCACUGACGGAGCGUGGGACAUGAGCAAGUUCCUCAACAUCCAGUGUCGCACCAGCCAGAUCCGAUACCCGCAGUUUGCCAGGAGGUGGAUCAACAUUCGGAAGUCCUACGGCAACUUCUACAAGGUCCCGCGCACUCAGACCAAGCUGAGCACCAUGCUGGACAAGCUGGGCCUGGAGUACGAGGGCCGCCCGCACUCGGGCCUGGACGACUCGCGCAACAUCGCUCGCAUCGCGCUGCGCAUGCUGCAAGACGGCUGCCAGUUGCGCGUCAACGAGCGCAUGCACGCCGGGCAACUGUUGACCGUCCCCAGCUCGGCGACGUUGGAGGGAGCUCCGCCUCCUCGCUGGCCUCGCAACCGUAAGUAGCGGCCCUCGGAGAAGGCGCCACUUUUUAGCCGCGUUACACGCUCUGUGGCGGAGAAUGUUUACUCCCUCAAAACACCAGCGUGGAAGUUUUGAAACAUCUUGAAAGGGAUUCUCCCGGAAGAGCGUCCACACGAGAACAGUGCUCAUAAUGUGAUAUCUGAUUUUUAUGUCUAUUUUAACAGAAAUAAAACAAUUUGUCACAAUUGUCCAAACUAAAAAACAUGCUUUUUUAAUUUUGAAAUACGCCCUCGUGUGUAGUCACAGUCAGUUUAGGUUGCAUGUUAAAAAUAUUAUUUUAUUACAUGAAACUACAGAUGUCCGAUAAUGGCUUUUUUUGCCGAUAUCCGAUAUUGUCCAACUCUUAAUUACCGAUUCUGAUAUCAACCGAAAC